CCUACACUUAAAAUGUUAGGUUAUUCGGCAAUUCUUAGUAAACAAACAAAUGUGUACUAGAAAAUGAUGUAACAACUUAAAUACGUAUCCCAAAUAGUGGAAAAUGGUUUGCCAGGAAGGAAGAAUAGCUAUAAAAUGCUUUGUGUCAACAGUAUUACUAUUUUCAACCUUGUUUUUAUUUCCAAUAAAUAUUAACACCUUCAUUGUUUACCAGUAUCACAUUUUUAUAAAUCCUUUACUGUUUUAUAUUGCAAUUAAUAUCAUUCUGAGGAUAUUUUUUUGUAAAGGAUACCAAAUUGCUGUUAGAGCUGGAUUUCUUGGACAAAUCUUUGGAUUAGGUUUCUAUGUGUUCCAAUAUGCACCUGCUCAGGUUUACAUUUUUGGUAUAUACAUGGCUAUCAUGUCCUUUUUUCACUAUUCUGAAUAUUUAACAAUUGCUAUAAUAAAACCAAAGGAAUUAACUACAAAAUCCUUCAUGUUGAGUCAUAGUCCUGCUUAUAUUGGUGCAGCUCUUACUUCUUGGAUUGAAUUUGGCUUAGAAAGUUACUUCUUUCCAGACAUAAAAGUCUUGCCAUAUGUGCCAUACAUAGGGUUAAUUAUUUGUAUUGGGGGAGAAAUCGUUAGGAAAUUGGCAAUGUUUACUGCUGCUAAAAAUUUUGAUCAUUUGGUACAAUAUACAAAAGCUGACGACCACAUAUUAGUAACACAUGGAAUAUACAGUUGGUGCAGGCAUCCAAGUUAUGUUGGAUGGUUUUAUUGGUCAAUUGGUACCCAGAUUAUUCUGCUCAAUCCGAUUUGUAUAAUUGUGUAUACAAUUAUAAGCUGGAUGUUUUUCAAUGAGAGAAUACACUGUGAAGAAAUCACAUUGCUCAACUUUUUUGGACAACAAUACUUAAACUAUCAGGAAGAUGUUGGAACCGGUUUACCAUUUAUAAAAGGAUACAUUGUUAGACCAUAAUUGUUUAUGUACACGCAUAAAAGCAUUUAGUAUUGGUUUAAAAUAUUUUUUAAAAGUUUUAAUUUAUUUUUCUGAUAAGUAAUAUUUUAACGGGAUUUCGUUAAAUAUGUUGUUACUUAGGAAUGUAAAUAAAUAUACCAAGGCGAAAAAAAACUCUAUUAACAAUAUUAUUGUGUAUUAUAAAGAAUUAAACGGAUUUAUGAAUAAAAAUUAUGUAUGCAACAUC